AGUAACGACCAGCUGGAUUAGGAAAUAUAAUGAUUCCGCUGAGAUCAUCAAGCCAUAAGGCGUUGUCUGGGGAUUAUGACAGCAGUUCUCGACGCUAUGAUGAGAACGAAUUCUACGCUAAACCUCCAAUUCGCGCCCUGAAGCAAAGACUCGUCCGUGACGCCAAUAGAUUCGUAGGUCAACAGCGUAUCAAUUGUUUGUUAGAAGGUGGAUGGUUUAAGAAUGCAAAAGAAAGUAGGAAUAGAUUAGGUGCUUAUAAGUUCCUCAGAUUGUCACCCAACAGGCGACAUUUACACUAUUUGGAUACAUCAGAGAGCUAUGAAAUCUCACAAGGUUUUGAUAACCUCCCAGACUUCAUAGAUUUAGAUACGAUAACAACUAUACAGUCAAAAUUGGGAACAUCCACUACAAGCGUAGCAUCAACAGUCAAUAGUUUAACCUUAUUAUCAAAGCAGGGCGUCAUAGCAGAGCUGAUCCCGCUAUCACCCUCACAGUACUCAGAAUGGUACGACGGGUUGCGAUACGUCCUCGAUGAGUCUUCCUCUUUGACUGGACAGUCGAAUGAUUUGGUUAACACGCUCACGGAUUUAGGUGUAAAGAUCAAAUUACUCGACCUCGCGGGUGAGAAUGUCGAUAUACCAAACAACAUCCCCACGCCAAUGCCACCACGGGAUACACAGUUCUUUUUUGCAGAUAAUUAAAGGGAUAAUACAUAUUUCACUUCUUUUUAUAAAUUAAACAAUACUAAUCAUUAUCUUAAGAUGCUUGAGCCGACGAUUCACGAGAAUUUUGUGAUGGCGUCGCCGUUGCAGGUGGUAAUUCCUCAAAUAUCUUAAGUAUUUGUGAUGACUUUGGUGCUUUCCUUAGUAUAUAUUCAUGUAAUCCUGAUCUAAGUGCAGGUUGCUUCUUUAUCACAUCCCUUAGUGUGUCUUGCGGUAACUGCAGGAGAGCGCCGAAUGAAGCAGGUGCUAUUGCUCUUGCACACCUUACGAAACCUUCCCACAUAACUGGCGUAAGCCAUAUCUUUCUCGUUAUCAACCUUGAGAACAAGUUCGUGGAUACGAAUGGUACCAAUGUCUUAUAAGUCGUCACAGCUUGUAUAACCGUCCUCAUGAAGAGCUUAGGUAGAACCUUGACUUCUGACAUUGAUUGCAUGAAAAUUGCGAGAACGUCUGAUCUGAAUAUAUCUGUCAAAGAGAAACAUAUUGCG